AUGCAGGAGAAUCCGCUCGACUACCUCGUGGGCAUCACGAACGACCAGUCCCUGAGCCUCCCGCUGCCCCUGGGCGUCGAGGAGCCCGGCGCCGUCGCCGCCGCCGCCGCCGCCGCCGCCGCCGCCGCCGAGGGCGACCAGCCGCCGGCCCUCGCCGUGAACCACCUCACGACGCUCUCCGCGGCGGCGGCGGGCGCGGGCGCGUCGCGCGGCGGCGACGGCGCGCCGGCGCCGCUCGCGCCGCUCGCGCCGGGCGCGCCGGGCGCGCCGGCGCGGCCGCCGCGCGGCGCCGCGGCGCCCGGCGGCGACGGCGCCGCGAAGCACAAGGGCGACUACCAGCGCAAGUACCGGUCGACGCAGAAGGGCAAGGAGGCGCAGCGCAAGGCCCAGGAGAAGUACCGCAAGUCGGACAAGGGCAAGCGCGCGCAGACGAAGGCCCGGAAGAAGUGGCGCGACGCGCACCCCGCGGCCGCGGCCGGCGGCGGCGCCGCGCCGCCGCGGCCGGCCGCCGCGCCUCCCCUCGCCGGCGGCGUCGUCGCGCCCAUCCCGCCGCGGCCGCCCGCCGCCGUCCUCGGCGCGCCGCGGCCCCCCCCGGACCGCCACCCGGCCUGCUGUCCCUCAAGGCCAUCUCUCGAGGCCGGCGCCACGGACUGCUACCUUCACCGACUGAGCAUGGCGUCCUGCGACGGCCGGAGAGGCGGCGAUGUCGAGAACGCGUUCGUGCGCCUCGUGCGCGCGUCGAUCCCGACGCCGGCGCUCGGCGGCGCCGUGGCCCUGACCAGCUCGCCGCCGCACCACGACAUCGUCGUCGCGGCCUCGGCCCUCGACGGCCUCGCCGCCGGCGACGUCGUCGUGGCCGUGUCGGGCCGCGCCGUGCCGCGGCGGCUCACGGCGAAGCAGCUCGCGGACGGCGUCGCGCGGCGCGCCGCGGACGCGGGCGACGGCGCGCCCGCCGCGCUCGCCGUCGCCGCGCUCCGGCGCGCGGAACUGCCCGGCGUCGACUACGCGCGCUGCGACGCGCGCGCCGCGCGCCGCGACCUCCUGCUCGGGCGCGGCGCGCGCGGGGCCGCCUGCGGCGGCGCCGACGCGGCGGGCCUGCCCGUCGUCGCCGACGCCGCGGGCGCCGCGGGCCUCCGCCGCGGCGACGUCGUCGUCGCGGUCGACGGCGCGCCCGUCGCGCCCGGCGCCGGCGCCGUCGACCUCGGCGCCGCGGGGAGCGUCCUCGCGGCGCGGUCCCUCGACUUCCUCGAGGUCGAGGACCUCGCGGCGCGCGCGAACCCGCGUGGAAAUCUUCAACCCGACUUCAACGCGCGCGCCCUGGGGAGCGAGGCCCGGGGGGUAAAAAAGGUGUCUAGACUUGGCAAAAUUUUGCUCCGGAUGGACGCGAUCGCGUCGAUCUUCGUGAACUACCACGAGGAGCGCCGGGAGUUGGUCGAGAAGACCGAGGCCGCGGACCUCAUCGAGCAGAACGUCGCCGAGCUCAUGCAGCUCUGCUACCGCGGCGCGUCCGCCGGCGAGCUCCAGUUCGACUUCGUCCUCAUGCUCUGCCGCCGGCUCGGCGUGAAGGACGUCUUCCUCUUCGCGACGGAGGCCGGGGCCCCGGCCUGGCUCACCCUCGGCUUCGAGCACGUCGGCAGCUCGGCCUGCUCGAUGGACCGCGCGCUCAAGAUCUUCAGCGACUCCGCGGGCCUCUACCCCAUGCUCUCCGAGGUCCAGAAGGCGCGCCUCCGCAUGAAGGACCAGGAGCACAUCCGGCGCGCGGCGCGGCUCCACGAGGCCGUCACGCAGGAGCAGGAGCGCAACGCGUUCCUGGAGCGCAUCCAGGCCGAGGAGGUCCGCCGCGAGCAGGCCCGCAUCGCGGCCGCGCGGCCCGUGCCGCCGCCGCCGAACCGCGCGACCGGCGCGGGCGACGACAGCGACGAGGGCUGGGAGGAGAGCGACGAGGACGAUCCCGUCGAGGACCUCAUCCACCGCGAGCGCAUCCGCGAGCGCGACUUACUGCGGACGCCCGGCUGCCUCGCCCUCGGCCGCAAGGCCUUCCGCCUCGAGGACAUGCCGCGCGUCACGGAGCGCGACCGCGAGAUCCUGCGGCGCGUCCUCUACAUCCUCCGCGAGGCCGAGCGGCGCAACUGCGGCGAGCUCGAGGUCCCGCGGCCGCGGGAGUGGGCGAACUCCGAGCUCGGCGACACGAUGACGACGGAGGCCAUCCGCGCGCGCUUCGACCUGCGGCGCGACGACGGCGUCUUUUUUUGUGUGCGCCUCCAGCGCCUCUUCCCGAACCUCGACUUCCGCCUCUCCUGGUCCGUGCGCUUCAACGUCGUCGUCCAGACCAUCGACGCGAUCGCGCUCGACUCGAACCUCGAGCUCACGCGCGUCGACAUGGAGGUCCGCCGCUCCACGGUCGGCGUCUACGAGGACUCGCUCGCCUGCCAGCUCCUGGGCCAGACCUACUACGUCCACCCGGACAAGACGAUCAAGAUCACGGUCGACCUCGUCGUCACGAGCGAGGUCAUCGGCGCGUUCCCGCGCACGGCCCCGGGCCGCGCCGAGGUCCAGAUCAAGGAGCUGGGCUUCCACUUCAUCGACCCGCUCGCGCCCAUCGCGGAGAAGGAGAUCGUGCCGCGCGUCCGCGUGUUCAUCCCGUACCUCAACAUCGAGGGCUGGAUCAGCAUCACGUUGGACAACGGCCACCUCAUCGUCGAGCUCAAGUACCUCCAGGCCAUGCACGUCAAGAACCGCAUGCUCAAGAAGUGCUGCUACACGCUCUACCUGCUCGAGCUCGCGGACAGGCUCCGGGGCGAGGCCUCCCGCGAGACCCUCAAGACGGCGCGCAAGAACGUCGUCGAGGCCGAGGGCGAGUACCAGCUCGCGCUGUCGAACUACCGCCAGAUGGAGCUCUGGUGCUUCUUCAAGCUCGACAUGGCCCUGCUCGCGCGCCCGACGCUCGCGGGCGUCAUCCGCAAGUUCGCGAACGCGAUCGCGCGCAAGGCCGCCGAGGCCCGCGGCGAGACCUUCGUGCCCACGCCCUACGACGAGACGGCCGUCGACGCCGUCGUCGUGACGGCGGUCGCGGCGCCGGCGGGGCCGCCGCUCAAGGCGCUCGAGGCCAUGACGGCCAAGGAGUGCAACGCGGAGCUCGACGCCGCGGGCGUGCCCAAGAAGGGGCGGAGCGUCGCCAACACCACGAUCGGCAUCCUCCGCGACCUCGUGCGCCGCCUCCGCGCCGGCGAGCCCGCGGCGUCGCUCACGGUGCCGCGGAAGCCCAAGUCCGCCGAGGAGCUCUUCGUCAUCGACAAGGCGGAGCAGCUCGCGUGCCGCGCGAGGACCCGGCGUCCGUCGACUUCGAUCUUUCGCGCGCGGACACUAUUCUCGUCGCAGGCCACGCUCGUCGCGGACGGGGCGAAGAAGGUCGUCUUCAGCACGGGCGCCAAGAACGCCAACGGCACGGACUACCUCAAGGCGCGCUUCCGCGGCCUCGGCGAGACGGACCCGCUCCGGCUCGAGUUCGAGGAGCUCGCGCGCCGCGACGUCGCCGCGGCGGCGGCCGACGAGCUGCCCGUGGACCGGCUCCAGCGCGUGCCCGACCCCGGCCUCGUGAACCUGCCGACGAUCUGGCCGCGCAUGCGGUACGCGCAGCCGGAGUGCGGCGUGCGCUACCCCUACGGCUCCAAGCUCGGCCUCUUCAAGGGCCGCGUCGGCGGCGGCGUCCGAUGCAUGUGCUACCGCGUCAUCCGCGACGCGAAGCGGCGGGCCGGGGCCGGAAAGCCGCGGGCCGAGGACGACGAGUGCCCCGCGUACUACGGCGUGGACUACAAGGAGGAGAGCGGCAAGUCCGUCUGCAAGUUCACGGAGGCGCUCCGGUCGCUGGAGAACGCGUUCUCCGAGUUCAUGCCGGAACGCUUCUACGGCAUCGACGAUCGCGGCCGCUACCAGGGCAAGGUCGCGGCGCUCGCCGUCGUCCCGGGCUCGGGCAGCGGCAGCAGCGGUCUCAUCGUCUUCGGCCUCUACGACUCCAAGGUCGAGGCGGCGGCGCACUUCAACAUCGGCACGACGGUCAUCGGCCAGAUCGUCGGCCAGCGGCUCCGCUGGCUCAACGACCCGAUGGACCCGGGCGCGUCCGCCGCGUCUCGCCUCGAGCGCUACAAGGCCGACUUCGCGCUCCAGCUCAAGGAUUUGGCGUACGUCGAGGCCGCGGACGAGGCCUACCUCCGCGACCAGGCCGCGGCGUUGGCGCCGCCCGAGCCCAUGCCCGACGGCUCGCGGCCGCCGAUCGACGCGCACUCGCGGCGCGUCGCGCGCGCGGGCCUCGCGAACACGUUCGAUCGCAUGAUCGAGCGCCGCCGCGACCGCGCCGCGCGCGAGCGCGAGGAGGCCCAGGCGCGACGCCGCACCGCCGCGUCCACGGCCGCCGUCGCGAACUACUACCGCGACCCGUGCGGCCUCCUCGAGCCGCGGGCGCUCGCGCCGCCCGGCCAGCCGCGCCGCGUCGCCAAGCUCUACGUCGUGCCCAACGGCGAGGUCGUGUCGCCGCCGCCGCCGCCGAUCUACCACGUCACGGAGAACGGCGAGCGGCUCCUCGUGCUCUACGCGACGCGCGUGCAGCGGCCGCUGAUCCCCGCGAUCCAGCAGGUGCACAAGCAGCGCGCGGAGUUCCUCGCGCUCUUCGACGAGUCGGAGGUCGAGAUGGCCGCGGCCAUGUUCGACUCGCGGCCCAUCGAGAUCGCCCGGCCGCUGCUCUUCGAGUCCGAGGAGGACGCGGAGCGCCGCGCCGAGCCGGCCGCGCCGAAGCGCAAGCGCAAGUCGCGCAAGAAGAAGCGCAAGGCCGCCGCCGCCGCCGCCGCCGCCGCCGCCGCGGAGCGGGGCGACGAGGCGGCGCCCGCGGCCGACGGCGCCGCGGAGCCCGCGGCCGCGCCCGAGGCGCCCGCCGAGGCGCCCGCCGCGUCGCCACCGACGGCGCCGCCCGUCGAGGCGCCCGCCGAGGCGCCGGCGCCGGCCGCCGCGCCGGCCAAGAAGAAGAAGAAGAAGCGGUGCUCUCGGCGCGCGCCCGCGCUCGCGCUGCUCCUGCUCGCGGCCGCCGCCGGCGACGAGGCGCUGCGCGAGUCGCACGCCUUCGCGUCGCUCGCGGCGGCGGCCCUCGGCGACGACGUCGGCGUCGCCCUGGGCCGCGACGCGGCGACGGGCCUGCGGGGCCUCUUCGCGGCGCGGGCCGCGGCGCCCGGCGACCUGCUCCUGCGCGUGCCCCUCGCGCGCUGCCUCGUCGAGACGCGCGCGCUGCCCGCGAGCCUGCGGCGCGCGCCGGCGUCGAUGACGUGGGACGUGCGGUUGGCGUUGCAGCUGCACGACGGCUCGGAGCACGACGGCUUCUGGGCCGCGUACGGCGGCCUGCUCCCCCGCGGCGACGACCUCGCGCAGCCCCUCGUCCUGGGACCGCGGGACCUCGACCGCCUCGGCGACGCGCCGGCGGCGGCCGCCGCGCGCGAGCAGCGGCGGCGCCUCCGGGAGCUCUUCCCGGACCUGCCGCCGGACGUGCUCCCGGCCGACGACGGCGACGCCGCCUUCCCCGGCACGCUCCUCGUCGCCUGGGCAAACGUCCGCAGCCGCGCCUUCGCCGCGGGGACGGCCGCCGUGGCCUACGAGGGCGAGGCGGGCACCGAGGAGUCGGACCGCUUCGCGUUCGUGCCCUUCCUCGACAUGGGCAACCACGAGGCGUCCCGCCCGACGGCGGCCUUCGCCGUCGUCGGCGACGCCUUCGAGCUCCGGGCCCUCGCGCCGCUGGCCGCGGGCGACGGCGUCACCUACAGCUACGCGGAGCCCCGCGACGUCCGGGCCCACUUCGCGCUCUACGGCUACGUCCCGGGGAGCGCCUGCGCGACGCGGAGCUGCCACGUCGCCGCCUACCGGGCCCUCGCGCGCGCCCGGGAGCUCUAAGCGCUCGCGGCCGACGUUG